AUGGCAUACAAAAUAACCGUCGAGAAAUGCGAAGCGGAAAUUCCAGGCGGCCAUUGGAUCCACACGCCGGGUACCAACCUGGACUCUGGAAUCUAUGCCUUGGCCAUCGGUCUAGCUUGUGAUCCUUCCGAGACAGUUCCACGCCAUCUUCGAUGGGAAGACGAGUCCCCCGAAAGCCACAACUACCGCGAACUCGCAAAGAUCUUGCGGGUAUUGGAAAGGCAGUGGACCUUUCCUCAGCUCAAAGAGGGCGAGAUUCUCGACACUAACGUCUUGGUGCAAAUUCUGAAGAAUUGGGAUACACUGAUGAAGGGAAGAUCUGUCAUAUGGUUUGAGAAGGACCACAACCUUUCCGGAGAAACGUCUGAGAGCGGCACAAAGAAGAUCAUCCUUCGCGCUCUGGGAGAUACCCGCUGGGCUGUCUUCACCAACUUCAUCAAGCCCUUGUACAAUAUCGAGACUGAUGAAGAGACGCCGUCCUGGACAACUAUACAACCUAAGACCGAGGAGCAGGAAGAUACCGCCAUCGACAAUCUCAAACGCUUGGCUCGUGUAUUUGAUGGAGGCGCUGUCGCUCUUGAUCCACCAAUCGAAACGCUCAUGACAACAACAUCUCGUGUCGAUCAGGCGACAGAGUCGGUCCAAGCUGCUAUCAAAGGCAUAGAUCACGUCAAAGGACUACUCACGACCAGUCUUAAGCACCUUGAUAUCACUCGUCAGCAGCUUCAGAUCCACGAGAGCGAGCAAAAGUUUCUUCUGUCAGCUUCCUCCAUCAUGGCUUGGUUUGGAGCCACUUCUCGCAUUGUCAUGAACCUGUUUGCCAAAAGGCCCACUCCACCAGCUUCGCCAAUCGUCUAUGGCACACCCAAGUAUCAGGAUCUUGCUACCAGAGUCAGCACUCUUGAGCAGAAAGAUCAGGUCAAUGGUCUGCGCGCGAAGCUUGGUGGUGGUAUUGCCCUUGGACUGGGAAUCAUGUAUACACCUCAACCUGAAGGCUCGAUCGCCAGAGUUGUUGUUAUUGCUGCUGAAGCACACUUCAAACAAAUGGGCGGAAGAGGAAGAGAGUAA